CAUCCUGCCCAGUGCCCCCUGGGAAGGGACUGAUGGCCCCCACCAGGACACUGGGGCUGCUGAGCUGCCUCCUGCUUCUGCCCCGGCUGCACGGGCAGGACGCAGCCGCCUGUGCCUGGGGCUGGGUGUCCUUCCAGGACGGGUGCUACCGGGUGUUCUGUGAGGAGCUCAGCUGGACGCGGGCCGAGGCCUUCUGCCGGCGCUUCGGGGCUGAGGCUCACCUGGCCUCGGUGCACAGCUCCGGCGAGCACCGCGCCAUCGCCGCCAUGCUGCGCUCCGGCCCCUGCGACAGCGACGAGGACGACGAGGAGAGCAGCAGCGCUGGCCUCUGGAUCGGGCUGCACCGUCCAGAGGGGAGCCACCGCUGGCACUGGUCCGACAGCUCCGAGCUGGACUACGGCUCCUGGCACCAGGCACCCACCGCCGAGAAGAGAACCUGCGCUGCGCUGCGGGGCACGGGAGACCUCAAGCCCUGGUUCAGCGACUCCUGCACCAAAAGGAAACCUUUUGUCUGCAAGUGCAGUGCCUAAAGCUGCACCAGCGCCGACACUGGCACCCAGCACCCAGCACCCGGCACCC